GCGGGUGUAACAUCUCCACCGAGGAGACCCUGACCGGAGGAAAAAGCCUCCCUCCGUCCACACUCACCGUAUCAGCCGCGGAGCACCGGACAGCCGUCACCCCCGACACCCGGCCACGUCUUCCCGCCUCCUGCAGGAUGAGUGUCGGCGCUCCGAGAGGCCUGGCCAGCUCGGGGCAGAAGCCCAUCGCGGAGAUCCUCCACCCGCUGUCCGCCGCCGAGGAGCCGCUCUCAGUCACCGUCAACGUCGGUGGGGACAAGGAAGCCGGGCUGACCAACGGCACGCCGGUCGACACGUCGAGUCCCGCCUCCGCAUCCUCGCUGUUCAACAGGCUGCAGCUGGACGACGACCUGGAAGCAGACGUCCGGGACCUCUACGCCUCCACAGAAACCCGUGACCUUUUUGUCACAGUUGACGACCCAAAGAAGCAUGUCUCCACCAUGGAGACCUACAUCACCUACAGAGUCUCCACCAAGACGACGCGGAUAGAGUUUGACCUGCCGGAGUACUGCGUGCGACGGCGAUACCAGGACUUUGACUGGCUGAGGACCAAGUUGGAGGACAGCCAGCCGACCCACCUCAUCCCGCCGUUGCCAGAGAAGUUCGUGAUGAAGGGCGUGGUCGAUCGCUUUUCGGAGGAGUUUGUGGAGACCAGGAUGAAAGCUCUGGACAAGUUCCUGAAGCGAGUUGCCGACCACCCCGUCCUGUCCUUCAACCCACAUCUAAACGCUUUCCUUUCUGCCAAGGACCUGAACAAGCGUCAGGGUCUGGCCCUGCUGACCAAGGUGGGCGAGUCCGUGAAGCACGUGGCCGGAGGCUACAAGCUUCGGGCGCGGCCGGCGGAGUUCUGCGCCAUGGGAGAAUACCUGGACACCUUCACCCAGAAACUGGGAACCAUCGACCGCAUCGCUCAGAGGAUCCUCAAAGAGCAGUCGGAGUACCUGACAGAGCUGCGUGAGUAUGGCACUGUAUACUCCAACUGGGCAGCGUCUGAGGAUGAGCUGCAGCGCCCCCUGGAGGGCGUGGCCGGCUGUGUGACGACGUGCUGCGGAGCGCUUGAUGAGCAGAGUGAGAACAUGAGCCAGGACUUCCUGCCUGUACUUCGAGAGUACAUCCUCUACAUAGAGUCCAUGAAGAAUGUUUUGAGGAAGCGAGACCAGACCCAGGCGGAGUACGAGGGCCGGCUUGAAGCAGCCAUAUUGCGCAAGCAGGAGGACAGAACGCCAAUGCCAGUGGAGGUAGAGAAGUGCCAGGACAAAGUGGAGUGUUUCAACGCUGACCUGAAGGCUGACUGGGAGCGUUGGCAGAGCAACAAGAGACAAGACUUCAAACAGCUUCUUACGGGCAUGGCCGACAAAAACAUCAACCACUAUGAAAAGUGCCAGGCAGCGUGGGAGUCGCUCAUAACUCUCCUCCAGGACAAACAGACUGAGGAUAAAACGAGUGAGACGAACUGAAACACCUCCUCAUGUCUCCGUCCUCCCCCCCUCUUUCUCUGUAUGCCACACUCUCUCAUGCCAAGGAAAAGGACCAACCGGGGGCAGCAGAUUUGAACUGCCGGACUCUGCCCCUGUUCUCCUGUGAGACGAUUGUACUGAGGGGGAGUCGUCUCGCUCAGAGAUCUGACCAGCGAAGGAGGUAACGAAUGGUGUGUUCAAGGACAGCGGGUGAAGAGGAGAGGCCUACUAUGUACAGACAUUUUGCUUUUGUUUUUGUUCUUUUGUUGUCGUUCUUAUUGACUUUUUUUUACUUCAUAUUUCCAAUUAACAGUGAGUUGCCAAUGCUGCUUCUGUUUAUUUAACCACAGUCUCAGAGAGUGUUCAGUCUGUUCUCUCCAUGUUCAUGUUGAGCCAAGUGGAAGUGAAGGAUGAGUCUUUAGUAUUGCAGAAAACCAAUAAGAUAAUAAUAUUUUUGCGUGGGCGUAUGAAGUAUGAAGCAUUCAGAGCAUCCCCAAGAUCUUUUCUUCUGUGUCCCAUUGUAAAAACCUCUAUAAAUGGAACACUAAUAAUUAAAUCCUCUUUUUUAUCUCUUAAGGGCAUCAUAUUGGCUGUAAAUUUAAAGGACCGUACCCGUCAUUUUUGCAUGUUUCAGCCCCAUAACUUCUUAUACUUGCCAUUACUGUUAAUCAUUUCCCAAAAGUUCCUGAACUUUAGAGUUUUCCUAUUUCCCCUGCAACCGCUGUUGUGAUAAAAAAAAAAUCACCUUGCAGAGACUUUGCAAUCAAAGUAAAAUAUGGAUGGAGAAAGAGCAGGUGUAGCAACAGAGCUCAGUCAAAGCCUGUAAUCAUUCUUUAAAAGGGAAACUUUGUGUUUUUGAUCCUUACAGAUAAAUAGAACUGAAGCAAAGCUGCAUUUAACAGUGACGACACAAGCGUUGCUGUCUUAGUUUAAGGUUGAGAUUUAUCAGGGAAGUGGCUUUUGUUGGAGGUGAUUUUGUGUUUUUACACCACGAAGCUAAGCACAGAUCCACUCAGCAGGUUUGGUUAUACGGUUGUGUUUUGAGUGCAGUGUGGCAGCACCACCCGGUGGUUAAACUGCUCAUAGUUUUCAUUCUUUUAAAACUGGUGGUUUAACAGUGUGUUUGUUUCUCUUGAUAUCACAUUUUUUCUUCUUUAUUUAAUUUUUUUUACCACUGCCCUUUUUACAUGCUGUAGGGAUGUCAUGUCUCUUCUUCAAGCUUUAACUCAGUAGAGGAUGCUGAAGGGCAUACCAGGCGGGUUUAUUCAAUGAAAAGCACACAGUUGGAAUUGAAGGUGAAGACGCACUGUAAUUUAUUCUCUUUAAACAAAUGACAACAAUCAGGUGUCAGCUUUUUAGUCAAGUUAGUUUAGUUUUUCCUCAGUGACACUCAUUUAUAGAAGCUUUCUUAAAAAAACAAACGACAUUGGGAAUGUGGCAUUAUCACACCCCAUUAACAACAUUUGUGUCUUGUUUUAAGAAGAGUAAGUCUCGAAAAGGCUGGCUCUGACCUGAAAUAAGUUAAACAUCUUGUUGCCGCUGGUCAGCAGAGGAGCAAAGAACAUUGAAGCUUCUGGGAAAUCUCUGCUGUGCCAUGUAAACACCUGAGGAGUUGGAUAAAAGCGUUUCGUGAACACUCUUCAGGUCAGAGCCAAACAUUGCAAAAACGACCUUCUGGAGUGAGACACCCUUUACUUUAAAAGCUAAAGUCACUUGUUUUAAGUAAACAAUUUGGUAUGAGACUAAAUGACUCAGUAAGGUGGAAAUGAUUUGCCGUUUAGUUCUGGUGAACCCUCUAACAGAGCAGUUUGACGACAUGACCUCGUCUGCUCAGCUGUGACUCAUGGGAAACUUUUUAAGAAGAUGUAGUAGCACUGCAGCACAUAUAACUAAUAGCGUUUUUUGCGCCACGGUUGGUUCCUCUUUUUUGGUCUUUUUUUGUUUGUUUUUGGCUCAAAAUGUUGCUGAUGUGGCCUUACCUUAAAAGGAAAUUGAAUGUUCUGUUAUACAUCAAUGAAUAAUCUUUGCUGUACCCACUUUAUUGACUGAUUUUCUAUUCCCAAAAUGGCUUACAACCCCGGAGGAUGGAUGCAGCUUUUUGAGAGUUUAUCGUUAAAUAUCCUGGCUAAUUUGAAUGUAAUUUCUGUGAUUUUUAUUCCCUCCAUCCUCAGUCGUACUUCUAGCUCAUUACACUCAGCAUAAAGUAGCGAAAACUCAACCAGUGAUGACCAGGGCAGACAUUUCAACUUUGGUUUAUUUGUGGCAUGUUCCCAAUGUUGCAGCCUCAUAAACAUUUUCCAACAAAUGUAAUGAUAGUUUCUUUAGCAUAAUUACAUUUAUUGACAGGAUUUUUCAGAAAUAAGGUGCUGAUUUGACUAUUUCAGGUCUGAGUUCUAAGAGGCUUUGUUGAAAACAGAAAUAUCUCCAUUGUUUUAGUGGUUUUUUUGAUGUCCUUUAGUCCAAUUGUCUUUGAAUGGCCCUCACACUGCUGUCACAUUACUGAGCCUGUCGUCAGUGUAGCCAAAUGUGAGUGCUGUAAGACAGCGAUGAGAGGAAGUGACUGCUUGCAGGCUGGUUUCAGUACUUUUGUCAGUUCUUUUUAUUUUUAUUCGUCUUUCUUGUUCUUCUCUCGAGCUUUAAAAACAUGAAGCAGCUACUGUUUCUUCUUAUUACCAGAAGUAAAAGAGGUGACAAGUGAAGAAAAUUUAAUUUUUUUUAUUUAGCCAUUUUUAAUGCACCCAGCAACAUGGAGAGAAGGUAGAGGCUACAGUAGGUAGUACUACGGAUGCACUGAUGCUGAAUUACUGUAUUUGUACCAAAAUCAAAUCCACCAUGAAGAGACAGAGUCAGAGGAGUUUAGAAAUCAAAACAAACCUUAUGUAUUGUUUGUUUUAUCACAUAUACUUUAGAAGAAGACCCCUAUUCUUUUAAUCCCCAAAUUACUGCUUUAAAGUACAGUUCCAUUAUGAUUAGGUAACUUUCCACAUUUUCCAUCCUUACGUUUAUUGCCACAACUUAUAUGAACAUACUCCACAAUUAAAGAUAUUUUAAAAACGGUUUAUUCCAACCUCACAGGCUGAGUCACUAUUGUUCAAGUAGCAACAGCAGGAAUUCAGGAAAGUUUAAAGCUACCCUGUAGAGUUUUUGACCACUAGUAGCAGUAAAGAGCAGUGUUUUUGUGAGGGCGUCCCCAGUUUGUUUAUAUCUUAAGGAUGAGUUAGAAAAACUGAAUGUGAACAUCAAUUUGUUAGUUUACAAGAACACUCCACAGGGCACCUUUUAAACCAGGUUGUUUUAUCAGACUAAAGUUUUACAUUCCAAAAUCUGUUAAGCAUUUCAUAUCAGCGCAUCAUCUUGCAAAAAUAAACAACCAGUAGCUAAUGUUCACUGUAACCCAAGUACAUUUUAAAACAUUGACUUAUAGAAGUAAGGAAUAGGAAAUGUAGCAAACAUGAAAAAAAGUUAAGACAUAAAAAGCGACUUCACUUUAAGUUUGGUUUUAUUUUUCUGUAUCAGAUCAGUACUUAUCUGUUUGUUUACAGCCGGGCACUGUGAAUCGUGGCAGUGAUAAAACAAAAAAAUAAUAAUAAAACAGGCAUCGAUGCAUCUGUAGACUUUCCUGCUAUUUGAUGUAAAUAAAGUAAUUACCGAUCUGAGCAUGCACAAGGGAUCAUUCAGACUUUUUGUUCUAAUGGCAAUAUACUGUAUAUUCAAUAUACCCCAAUGUACAGUUGAAUUAUGGUACAGCUAAGUCUAUUUUUGUAUAAAAGAAGCAGGAGAUCAUUUUUGGGUUUCCAAUGAGUAUAUGAAGGUUACAAUAAUAUAUUUCAGAAGGGAUUUUGGAGAUUUGUACCAACAAUGUAAACCAAAAUGAGGAAUGAAACGAUUUAUUUUUUUUUUUUUUUGCCCAUUGGAAACCCAACAAGUUCUCUGACUAAUUUCUUCUUCUUAUUCAUAGCCAUUGUAAAAUCCCCAUCUUAUACUGUGUACCUCCUGAUUUGUUUUUGCACUAUAGCUUCACCCCCUGGCAGAAAUGUCUGCUGAAAAACUAAAAUUGCUUUUUUCUGCAGUUGCCAAAAAUAACAAUAGUCGAGUUGGUUGAGACAUAUUUUACGUCUCAGUUUGGAAACUUGGUUUUGUAAUGUUAAGAAAGGCAUCGUCUGCAAAUGGGGACGAUGAUGGCCGUGACUGUUCAAGCCUGCAAAGAGGGGAAAGUCAGGGGAGAUUUUUGUUUUUCUUUAAUGUACAAAUCAAAUGUUUCUAAGCCAAAUGUUCCCAUCUUUUCCUUUUGUCUUCUUCACGUAGAUUCACACUUGAAGAGAAAAUCUUAUUUGCAACACAGGAUAAAUCUGAUCAAUCAAACCUGUAUGAAAGGUUAACGACUCAUGAACGUGUGAAUCUAGCUUCUGUCUUUUUAUUUCUGUUCCUCCCCAGUGUGUACUGUUUACGUUCAGAGUUUUUAUUGUACAUUUGGAUGUUAAUAACAUCUUGUUGUAAUUAUAAAUAAGCUUGUAUAUUGAUGUCGUUUUGAUGCAAUUUAUCUUUACCUCAAAUGAGUUUUUUGGAUAUAUUGGACCAAUAAUAAAAAUAACGAAUGCAAUUGA